AAACGCAAAGCUGUGCAACACUGGUUUAACGAUUAUAAGUAAACAGUGAAAAAAUAUUUCUGGUGCGGGUCCAUUGGGUCUCGAACGAAAAAACAAAAAUACAGAGCAAGAAAGACAAUCUUUGUGUGUUAAAUUAUCAGUGCUUGGGUUAGGAACUCAAAAUCAGCCUGUGCGUCACCGUAACACUCCGUGCCGCGCGUCCAAAAGGGUGGGGACAAAGCGAGACCCACACAUAUGUACACACAUUUAUCGAGAGGCAAUCAGUGAAAAUGUAUCCAAAGGAAUCCAAUGGCCAUAUUUGCGAGCAGAUAUGAACGGAAAUUGCCAAUUGAUGACACCCAAACGCUGAGCUGCGAGAUAACCGCCGUCGAGGAGGUCGACGGACAUACGGAAUACCUGCUGCGCGUGUGGAGGGGCACCAGCAGGGAGAACUCGUGGAACGUUCUGCGCCGCUACAAUGACUUCGACCGGCUGGACAAGUGUCUCCGGAUCUCCGGCAUCGAGCUGCCGCUGCCUCGCAAGCGCAUCUUUGGUAACAUGCGUCCGGAUUUCGUAGCUGAACGGAAGCAAGCUCUGCAAGUGUACAUAAACGCCGUACUAAUGAAUCCCAUACUGGCCUCAUCGCUGCCAGCCAAGCGCUUUGUCGAUCCCGAGAGUUACUCGCAGUCCUUUCACGACCAUGCCGUGCAGAACGCCUUGCUCUGCCUGCGAUCAGAUGCGGCGUGGGCUUUGGGCGGAACCAUGGGCGCCAUAGGCUGGCGCCUCAGAAAGCACUACUUCAAGGUGACGCCCAAGCCACCAGAGAAGAGCAGCAGCCACAAGCAGUUGGUCAAGAGCGGCUCCCAGACGCACCAGAGCAAGCAUUUCGCCUCCGGCAGCAGCAGCAAUGGCAGCGGCCACUCCAUCGAUGCCGGCACCCUUGAUCCGGGUGCAGAGGUAGUGGCUGAAUGGUUGGAGUACGGGCCGGACAAGUUUGUGGACGAGAAGGAAAUUAGUGGGAUACUAAAGAGCCUGAUGGGUCUGCAGCAUCCGCACAUCGAGCCCGUCAUCUUUGCCGGCCACACGGAGAGCGGUUGCCUUGUGAUCAGGAAAUUCCACAAGCACGGCACCUUGAAGGAUGUGCUGUGCAUGGCCACGCCAAAGAAUCCCUUCCUCAGCAAGUAUGGCAAUCCGAAGGGACGCACUGCACUCUCCAUGAAACAGGUGGCCACCUAUGGCAAGCAGAUUCUAGAGGCCCUCAUAUUUUUGCAUUCCAAGGGGUACGCCUACGGUCACCUUCAUUCCGGAAACAUAGUCAUAGUGGACGAUUGCGUGAAGCUUUUGGACAUUGAGAAUUACCUUGUGGGCGUUCCGGCGUUCUACAGACCCUUCUUUGUGCAGCACAGUAAGAUCCAUGCCAUGGAGACGGUGGAUGUCUACUGCUUUGGGCAUGUCCUGUUCGAAAUGACCAUGGGCUAUCCGUUGCAGGAGUCUGUUGUGCGACAGAUAACGGAAUGUCCAGAGGCCUUGAAAUGCCUGCUGGAGAGCAUUUUGUCGAAGGAGGCCUGCAAGGCAGGCCUUCCCACGCUGGAACAGCUGCUGGGUCACAGAUUCUUCACGCAAUAUGCUUCAACGGAGGGCGCUGGCGCCGCCAAUGCGGAGAAGCCCUACUUUAAGCUUUCCCUGAACGCCAAGGAGCUGCUGAAGCAGGCGGCCCUCAAGAGCGAGAAUCGCCUGCGGGAUGAGCAGAAGUCGGUGAAGAACCAAAAGCGCAUCGUGCGCGUCCAGGAGCUGAUGAGCUCCGAGGAGGAGAAGCGCAAGUCCAAGCAGAAAGCAAAACUAGAGCACAAACAGUCGAAGCUAAAGCAGCAAGUAUCACUCCAAACGAACAAUGGACGCUUGUCGCUUGUGGCUGCCACUGCAUCAGCAGCAACAGCAGCUUCCUCCUCCAGCACGGUCCUGGGUGUAGGGUUAAGUGCGGCCGACUCCUUCAACCGCUCCGACAGCACUCCCGAGGAGCCCACACUGGCCGGCCUCAAAUCCCCACCGCUUACUCCGGCUCCGCUGGCGAGUGGAGCACCCGUGGAGCGGCAAUCUUCCACACCGAACAUGCUGGCAGAGGACACGGAGGCCGGCGAUGGAGAUGGAGAGGGCGAUGAGGUGACCCGCUCGGCUUUGCUGGAGUCCAUCUGCAAGUUUAACCGCGGAUCGCUGCGCAAGGUGCGCUCCAACGACUAAGAGAUUUAUAAACGUUAAAAAAAAACUUUUCGGACCAAAUGUGGCGUUAUGAAAUAACACGGUGCCAUCAGGAAAAACAAAAAACCAACUCGAAACUAAUCGAAUUCCAAAAGCUACAUUUUUAGAGGCAUAUUUGAGACUCAAAAAACCGCAGAAGCAGAGGAAGAAUAUAGCGCAUAUACCCAAAAAAAGAAAAACAAUCCAGCAAUUACUAUAUAUGUACUAACGAAACCCACUGAUUAUAAUUAUUGCAUCUUAUACGUGUCCACUAUAUACAUACAUAGCAUACGAUUUAUCGGAAUGUGUCUAUAUCUAUGUAUAUGGCCACACGACAUUUGCCAAAGACCUUGUAAUAACAAGAUGCAUAACGCCAAUACAUUUGAAUUGCGUAAAAAGCGGAAAAUAUUUUGUCGAUGCAGCGAUUCAGUUUUAAAAUAAUAGAGUUUGAGUUUUUUUUAUAAAUGUUAUGAAAAUAUUUUUUUGUU